CCUUAAAAAUCCGUACUGCCCCGAAUUGAUUCUCCCGCCUGCACCACUGAUCCCGGUACGUGAGCAACGACUCACCGGAUUGGCUGAUGGCCAGCGCACGCGCUGAAAACCGGAAAACCGUCGCGAACCCAAAACCAACGUUCCAGAAAACUCAAAAAGUUCUCAAAAUUCAUGCCUCCCAAAAAACACGAACAACCCCUUAUUUACCACUUCUCAAACCGCCGAAUUUCCAUAAAAGAAAAAAAAACUGCUGAGACCCCGGAAAGAGAUUCUGCGCAGAAGGGCUGCGCAGUAUUCCUCCGCGGGACGCCGAUAAAUGGCCAACGUCCGAUCGAUUCGUGUUUUUUUAUCUCGUCAAAACAAAAGGGAGAUGACAAAUCUCAUAAACUAUCCCCAAAACCAGUGAAUAAAAAAUCUCUUGAAAGCCCAAGAGAAAGAUAACAGUGGGGAGUAAUCAGUGAGUGAAUUUACAGUGAGAUAAUUAGAGUGAAUUGUGAAAAUACUUGGAAAUUGUCGGUUGAUCUCUGGGGAGGAGGAUUGCCGAACGGAAGGUACAAGUCCCGCUCUUCUGGUGUCUACCUCCAGUCAAACGGUGUUCGGUGUGCCGUGAGUGUGUGUUCCUCCGGGUGUCUGUCAUUGGAAAGGAAAAGCCGGUGUCUCUUGACAGUCGCAGAUAACUGGGGGAGACCCGAGGAUGGCGGACACAAGUCAGCAGGAGCUCACAGAGCCUCACACAAACGGCGUGAUGGACGGCCUGACGGAAGAGGAAAAAAGCAAGAUGAGACCGGCCGAUAUUGAAGCUGACGUGAGGGAGAUGGAGAGGAGGCGAAGGGUCGCGAUGAUGAUGGACUCGAAAUUAUUCAGGGAAGAAUUGGAACGCAUCAUCGAAACCCAGAUGAGCAAUGGCUCAGGUCCAUCUGGCCUCUUGCAACAGAUUUCAGACAUGAUGGGAGCUCAGGGCAGUCGAUUCAACUCAAAUGUGUUCAAAAACUCCAACUGCGUCAUGCCAAUUAAUGAUAUUCGAGGUGUAGAAAGCAUGGGAUAUGCUAAAGGCGAGAAACUCCUGCGUUGCAAGCUAGCAGCUGUGUUCAGACUCCUGGAUCUUUACGGCUGGACCCAGGGUGUCGGUGGUCAGAUAACAGCCCGCCUAAAUCAAGACCAGCAGCAUUACCUAGUGAAUCCUUACGGUCUCCUUUACCACGAGGUAACAGCCUCGAGUCUGGUAAAGGUUGACAUGCAGGGCCAAAUUGUUGAGCAGGGAACGACGAAUUUUGGUGUUCACAUCGGUGGUUUUCAGCUUCACUCGACGAUACACGCUGCCAGGCCAGACAUCAAGUGCAUCAUCCACAUAACAACACCAUCUGUCACAGCAGUGUCUUCCUUAAAGGGUGGAAUCCUGCCAAUUGGCCAGGAGAGCAUUGUCAUUGGUGAGGUGUCAACACAUCAGUGGAUUGGAGAGGCCGUUGAGCCAGAGGAGAAAGAGAAAAUAACCAGAAAUCUUGGCCCCAUCAAUAAAGUCAUGUUACUGACGAAUAGAGGUGCACUCUGCUGUGGGGAGACCAUUGAGGAGGCUUUCUACAAUGUUUACAAUACUGUGCUUGCCUGCGAAACUCAGCUGAAGCUCAUGCCUGCUGGCCUCGAGAAUAUUGCACUAAUCUCUGAAGAAGCCAAGAAGGCCAUUUUCGAGGCAUCCAGGAGACAACCUGUACCCCAUCACAGUACCAUCACUGAGCCACCUGCAUUGGCUGAAAAACUCGAGAAACGCUGGAGAAUUGGUAGCACUGAGUUCGAAGCACUCAUGAGAAUGCUUGAUAAUGCUGGCUUUCGUACUGGCUACAUUUACAGACAUCCACUUAUUAAGAGUGAACCUCCUAGACCGAGAAAUGAUGUUGAGGUGCCACCUGCUGUAUCUUCCCUCGGGUAUUUGUUAGAGGAGGAGGAGAAUUACAGACAGGGGCUUUGGAAGGGUGGACGCAAAGGAUUAGACAGAACGCACUGGUUAAAUUCACCGAAUGUCUACCAGAAGGUGGAGAUCCUCGAGACUGGAACACCAGAUCCCAAGAAAAUCACGAAGUGGGUGGAACAGAAUGCAGAGGAGUGGGUGUCCGAGGGAUCGCCAACUCACAGCAGCACACCAGUUAGGAUCGACAGUGCACUACAGUUUGUACCGAAGAAUACCAAUCCCAGGGAGUUCAAAACACUCCAGCAACAGAUCAAGGACAAUCGGAGGGCGGAUAAAAUAUCAGCAGGACCACAGUCACAUAUUCUUGAGGGGGUUUCGUGGGAGGAAGCUAAGAAAAUGCAGGAUGCCUCAAUCAGUGCAACUGGCGAAUCAGUGGUGCUCGUGGGAGCUGCGAGUAAAGGAAUAAUUCAGCGUGGAUUCCAACACAAUGCAAUGGUGUACAAAACCCCCUAUGCCAAAAAUCCAUUCGAUGCUGUAACGGACCAGGAGCUUGAUCAAUACAAAAAAGAAGUUGCUCGUAAGACAAAGGGUGAUCCCUACGAUGAAUCACAGUCUGAGUCUGAGGCCCUCUCGUCGUUCAAUAUUAGCCGGGCGACACACGAAUCCAGCACUGCCAAAAGCCCCAUUCAGUCGCCAGUUUCAGUUACAUCUGAAACGGAAGAGGAAAGCAGAGAUGAACCACGUGUACUGCGGAUAGAAAAGAAAAAAGUGCCUGCGCCAAGUCAACCAGAAGUUGUCCUGAGUGACGAUUAUUUAUCGAGCACCAGUGACGAGGAGGCAGCAACACUCUGGGCACCCCUGUACCAAUCCAGCCAAAUCCAUCUCGUCAGAUUAGGGACAGUUGCCGAGCGUCAAAAGCCCCAAAUCAACUUCAUUAACAUUCCCAAAAGCGCCCCGAUUGUAAAGAAUUCGUCGGUAAUUCCGAAAUUCAAGGUCAAGCCCUGCAUCAAAGAUCGUUGUAAAUUUUUCGAUGAGUACGACAGGCGUUACAAAGAGUACAAGACCCUGAGUAGUGAGAAUUUCAUUCGUUUCACAAGUAAAAGUCUGCAGGAGAGAAUCCACAAUCUCUCUCCGACCUCAGCCCCUGAAUUGAGCUUCCCAGAAGUUCCUAAUGCCCUUCCCCAGAGUCGGGGUGUCGUCAGAAAAAUUGCAAAUCAAUUCUCUCUAACCGAGACGACCAACGUCCCGGAAGAUUAUCCCCCCAAUAGAAAGCGGUCCCAUCCUCAGAAUCCCAUGGAGAUGAGCCCCUGCGGGAACUCUGUCCCCAAAGUCCCCCGACUUUCAUUCGCUCUAAUUGUCAACCUGGAGGCACUGGAGAGUCCCACUGUCGUCAACAACAUCGUCAAGGGCAGAGCCUUCAGAGGCUCAAAAAGCGAGGGCAACACACCCUCCUCAGAGCUCCCUUUCCACAUCGAUGUCCUUCCCACUGAAUCGACCCCUCCCCGGAGAUUCGACAUCAUCUCCGAGGAUUUGCGGGUUUCCAGCUCCUCAGAGCCCACAAACUCCUCCAUAGUCACGGUAACCGAAAGAAUUCCCCCGACAGAAAUCGACCUCCAGGUCACACCUAGGGAUGAUAAUGGUAAUGAUUCAGAACUCCUCGAUCUCUUUCAAACAAAUCAGGAACGUGAGAGCGAGAACGAGUCUCGUUCUGGGGAUGAGAAUGGAAAUAACUCAGAUCUCCUCACUCCCUCUCGAAUAAAAUCCGAGGAGUCGAGCGAUCUCAACCUCUCCGACGAGAAUGGCAACUGCUUGAAGGAGAACACACCACCAAAAACUCUGGAUAAUCCCAUUAAAGUCGACGACGACUGGAUAAGCGAGUCAGUGGAUGAUCUGAAGCUCUCGUUCGAUAAAGACAUGAGUGACGACUGCCCCUGGAGAUUCUCUUCGCCCCUCCCGAGACUGUUCAGCCGAGAGGACAGCAUGACAGAAGUGAUAAACACGUUGAACGUGAAUCUGACCCCCUCGAAGCUAUCGGCAUCCUUCAACUAUCUCCCACCCACCCACAGUUCGAAGACCUGGAACCUGGACCCGAGUCAAUUCAGUGUUAUAUACAGUCUAACCCCGACAGCUGACGUCGACGAGGAUCCCGUUGAUGAGCACUUCAACUGCGGUCAGAACUGCGAGAAGUGUCUGUUCCCAGGAUACUCCAAGGAGGGAUCAUUCAACGAGAGUUUCGAGGGUAAAAAUGACCAGUCCGAGGUCCCAGGAGAGUGCGAGCAAUUCAUAUGGGAUGACAUGCUGGAAAUUAACAUGGAAGACAUUCCCCAGGUCCCAGAAAAUCUCUGCGUCGAUCUUAAUCAGACAAUCGAUCUCUUCGACAACUCCAUCGAUAUGGAGACAGAGCAGAAUCGCUCUGUUGACUCAACAGAUCAAGAUCCCUGUGAACACGAGCAGUCGGUGGGUGGCUCUGACCUCCUGGAGCUUCCGCACUCGACCUUCAUCGAGCUUGAGAAAUCCCGGGAUCAGGUGUUCCACGAGGACAUUGCCACGUCCGCAAAUGAGGUAAUUGCAGGUCUCGGUGAACGAGAAGCCCUCGUUAACGCCGAAAUGAUCGUUGACGACGUCAUCUCUGACGUUACUCGUCUCGACAUCAACGAGUUCUCCACAGACCUCAGGACCAUCCUGGAGGUUAAGCUCACAGCUCUCAAGGUCGCUAAACACAUAAUCGACGAGGUGAUGGAUGAGAUGGGACUGGAGAUAAAGCAGGAGCUGCGGGAGGAACCGCAGAUACGAGAGAUCGAGAGAAUCGUGGAGGAGACUAUUGAGGAGAAUACUAACGGCAAGGAGCCAAGAUUCAUCGUCGUCGACGAGCUGAUCCACCACAUCAUCGACAGGAUCUCUAGUGGUACGCCAAGCCCCUCAGGCUCCUCCCCAGAGAGUUAUGACCUGAAGAAGACCAAGGAAACAACAAAUACGGAGAUAAAGGAGUUCUCGACGUCCAUCAACGAGGAACAAACGCCAUCGGUGACUCCUGACCUUCUCAAACCGACGGUGGCACUCCCAACUCCCAGCUCCCAGAUCGCCAGGAGAUCGCGAGAUCUCUUCAAGAGCUCGGAAAAUCUCAUAAACGAGAUCAAAUCUAUUUUCAGUGAAAUAGACAUCGAUGUGGAGAACGAGGUGUCAAUGAGAGCAGAGCUGGAGCAAAUCGUUGCUUCUUGCUGCGUCAACGAGAACGGGGAGAUAUUUUCCAACGACAUGGAGGCAUUCGAGCACUACGCCAAUCAGAUGCACCUCAUCGCCAAGGCUAUUGUCUUCGAGGAGUCCUUAAACAAGAGUAAAUCCGACACUCUGAACUCCAGUUCCUCGACGGAGGGCUGUCUCUACGCGAAUAAAUCGGAGAGUGUCAGAAAAUUUGUGGCCAAAUUCAAGGAGAUUACGAAGGGGAGAAAAUCCCUGGAGCCGGGUUGCAAUAGGUCUGAUGUGUCUGAUAGCUCGGGAGUAGAGAGAAGUGGUGAGGAACAGGUCUCUUUGGAUGUGAAUGUCUCCGUCGAGAAUACGAUAAACGUCAGCAGUCAGUCCGAUCAGUCGUCACCAGAGAAUGACACGAAAUCUGAUAACAGUGGGGAGAAAAUGAAAUUGGUGAAGAAGAUGACAUUGCCAGACCUCAGUAAAGUCACCGAUGACGAAUCAGCUCACACUUCGGAUGAUCAGCUUCUGAGUAAGGACCUUGAGAAUAAAAUAUUGUACAUGUGGGAUCUAAAUGAGUCUGAGAGUGAGAGGAGCUUCAAUGAAAUUCGUGGGAAGGACGCCAGCUCUUUCUUCGAGUUGGAGGAGAUCGAUGAUCCUCAGGAGAAUAAUCAGGAGAAUAAUCACAAGGAGAAGGUGCUGAGUGUUCCUGGGUCCCCGAAGGCAUUUAAAUUUGAGCUGCUAACUAUUCCCGAGGACGAGGAACUCACAACCGGGAGAAUUGAGAGAGAAGCGAAAAAACAGAGUCAGUUACCAAUUCCGGCGGCCGAGGGGGUGAAGGAAUUGCGAGACGAUGAAAAGGAUUGGAGCCCACAGGACAGCCCUGAUCAAUCCUCGAUUUUAACUUCAAUUCCUGAGAUCAGUGACUCUCUAGAAGAGGAGAAUGUGAUUGAGAGUGAUAAUAAACUCGAGGCAGUGUCUGUUAAUUACUCAGAGAUAGUGGUGACCCCUCCUGAGACCACCGAGGACGUCUCUGAGAUCUCAGGGCCUUCCUCGAAGACUGAUUUCCUUUCCUGCACUGGGGGCAACUCCACACCCUUCGAAACAGGCCAGAACAGCGCUGACACUAGCCUCUGCUUGAAGAUGUCCUCUGAGGAACUGGAUAGAGGGGUGGAGACUGGUUCAGGUCCCGUCAACAGUGACCACGACAGUUACAUCGUCUCUGAGUGCAAUUCCGAUGACUGCAGAGAGACUGUCUACCACGGAGACAUCUCCUCGAACAUGCGAAGGUCUGAUUCAUUUUCCACAGUUAAUCACCUGAAUGAAACGUCAAUGAACCUGGCGGAUGUGUCUUCAGCAUUGGAGGAGCUGGAAUUCUUGGACACAAAUGGAAUUGAGAGUGAGGACGAGAAGGAAUUCCUAGUGAAAUGCCCCAUCUGCGAUAAUGUUCCCACGAGUGAGAGAUCAGGGAGAGAUUCUAAACUUUUCAUUCCCCAGUGCAGUUACUGUUUAUCACACUACGAGGAAAAGGAUCCAUUGCAGCAAUCAACUGAUAAAUCCCUUCCCAAGGUAAAGAAUUGCAGCGUUUGUCGGAAGCGGCCUGUGUACGGAUCCUCAGCCAUUGAUGAUGAAGGAGUCAUCCUCGAAGAUACUGAUACCGUCGUGAAAAACCUCCAAGGAGCUCCCAAUCAUGACCUAGCGGACGAGGAAGUUGAAAGAUCCGAUGUCUGCCUCAAGUGCCUUAUGGUGCUCUCUGUGGACACCAGGGAGUUCAUCAAGAUCGAGAGAAUGGUCUCCAGUGAAGAACUCAGUUGUGCCGUCGUCGUGUCUCCUGCCCCUCCUGUCCCUGACUACCAGGACACUAGUCUCUGUAAAGUUGUCUCCACCAUGAAUCUGACAAACGCCUCCACCAAUGAUCGUCCACCUUUUGACGAGCCCCUCUGCUCCGGCAGAGAUCCCCUCGUGUAGUUUCGGGGUGAAAUGUAUUUUACCUUUAGAAAUAUUCGCGUUUUAAAUUGCCAUUUAAAAACGCUGAGAAUCAAUAAUUUUUGAUAACGUACUUCAUUCAAUUUUACGUUUUAAACGCAGAAUCUCACGUUUUCAUAUGCGGGACAAUGAAAAUACUUUAGCUUUGUGCAUUCGCAUUCUGCUUACUCAUACGAAUAAUCGUGAAUUAUCUAAUUAUUAUUAUCACGAUUAACUGGUUAUUAAUUGUAAGGACAUUUUUACGGUUUCUCAUUGUUAAAUAGCUUCGGAUUAACUUGCAAUCGUACUAAUGGGAUAUGAGUUAUUAAUUCCAUGAAAUAAUUAUUAUCACAGCCUGUGUCAUAUUGUAAAAAAUGUAAUGGUAAUCUCUACUCAUUGCAUUCACCUUCUGCUCAUUCACUGAGAAUAUUUCUUUUUCUUUUGUUUUCACUUUUUUACUUUUUUUGGCUUUCCCCGCAUUUAUUUUUUUUUCUCUUUAUUUCGAUGAACUCCGAAUGGAAAUUACCAUUAUGUUUUCUCAUAAUCCUCGUUGGGAGAUCUAAGUGUACAUUACUCAUGGCUUUUGUUGUGUAAUCAUAAGAGAAAUGUUAUUAUGAAUUGUUAGAGGGAGAGGGGCACCUAGUGGAGAAUUUUAUCCAAGGGAUCAAUCUAGAAGAAGCCCUCUCUGUCAUGAUUACUUUAUUAUUAAAUAUUAGCACACCUGUUUAUUAUUUUUUUUUAUCACUGCACCAAAAAAUUGGAAGUGAAGGAAUAAAUUAACCCCAGGCCUUUCAUUCCAA